AUGUCGCAAUCAGAACCCUCCUUCUUUGAACGCGAGCGCGACAGACUAUCCUUAGACAUCACAGCAGGUUUCGAAGACCUUCUCUCAUCUAGCAACGUACUCAAUCGGAAGCUCGAAGAAGUAGUAGGCAUGACUCGUGAAUACGAAACUAUCGCUUCCCUGUGGCAAAGCUUCCACGAGUUGAUGCGUGGACAACGAGAUGAAGUGCUCGAAGAUAGAACAACCGUUCCCGGCACAGGCGCCCACGUCGUGUCUACAAACUCCAAACGCUAG